UUGCUUAAAGAGAGAGAGAGAGAGAAUGAGUGAGUGGUAAGCAAUAUCAGUAGUGUAAACUUUGGGAGACGAAGAAAUAUGGGAGCGAUAACAAGCGCAGCGAUAGCCAUAGUGGCAGUGGUGCUCGGCUGGAUCACCAUCGAGAUUGCCUGCAAGCCUUGCCUCGAACAAGGCCGCCAAGCCAUCGAUCGCAAUCUCAAUCCCGAUUACGACCCCGACGACGCCGUUUCGUCCGACAUCCGCGCCCCUCUCAACCCCGCCGCCGUCACGAAUGUGGAGGUCCACGGCGACGAUGAUCCCAAGGCCGCUGUCUCUUCGAUCACCAAGUGAAGAGAUCCUCGUUGUGAGUUUGGUUUGAGAUUGAAAUGUAUUGGAAUCAAGAAGAAAUGUAGUUUGUGUUAUGAAUUAUAUUGUAUCUCCGUUUGUUGCAUUUGAAAAUUGAAAGUGAAGACAUAGAUGAGUUUUCCAUUA